AUCAUCGUAGUUUUAACUGGUUUUAAUGCAGCUAAACAGCUGAUAGCUGUUUCUGCGCUAUAACCUAUAUUUAUAAACUGUCCUGUCGGUCUCGCGAGAUUGUCCUACGAAGUCUUGCUAUUUAUUGCCUCGUACGUCAACGAUUCGUUUUCUGGAGAGAUUUUAACGGUUAAAAAUUAUCCUACAAAUAUGAACAUCUUACGUAUGUGUGUUAACAAUUUUAUUGUAAGAAAUGGAUUGCGAUGUGCGAUGAAUUUCGAAGGACAGAGACAUAUUAAAAGAUGGGUAGCACCAACAAUGAUAGCAUUAACUAAACGUAAGAGGAAGGAGAUUGAGCGAUUAGGCUAUAAACCGAUUCCAAAGCGUAAUACUUUCCUGGAAUGGAAUAGAUCUGCAGAGAUAUAUGCAUUUAACAAAAGACUGUCUGAAAAUUUUGAUAUUGAAAAGUUGGAGCAAGCUUUUACCCACAAAGUGUAUAUUUUUAAAGAAGAGCAAAAGCAAAAAGAAAUUGGAAUAGAAGAUCCUAAAUUAAAUAUAAAAGACAACACUACUUUUAUUAUAAAGGGCGAGAAGCUUGUAUCAGAGAUUGUACAAAGUUAUUUAACUGAAGCUUUAUCACUUGCACCUGAAGAUGUUAUAAUUUCGUUACAUGAUUAUCUUCUCUCUGAGGAAAUUUUGGCUAGUGCAUCUUUGCACAUUGGAGCCAAAGAUAUCAUUUUAACUGAGGAACAUCCUGUAGCACAGAAAACUUUGGCUGACACAUUUUUUGCUCUUACUGCAGCACUCGCUGAAAGUGUGGAUGUAAAUCACGCAGGAAAGUUUAUUAGAGACUUUUUAAUUGUAUUAUUAGCCGAGAAAGAUUUAAUGGAGAUAUGGAAUCCGUCUCAGCCAUGCGAAAUUUUAGAUAACGUUCUACACAAACAAGAUAGAUCUCCUGCCGAACCAAGACUCAUUGGACAUGCGGGACAAAAUACACUUUUAGCAUCGUAUCACAUAGGAUUAUAUUCCAACAAAGAAUUUCUAGGUUCAGGAUUUGGUCAGACAAUUCAAGAAGCUAAAGAUGUAGCUGCUAUGAACGUCUUAAGUCGAAUGUUUGGUUUAUCAGAUUCUAGUAAUCCAAUUAAAUUUAAUAAAACAGUGAAUGUAUCCUAAGCUAUACGGAAGAAAUACUUAAUAGAAACAAAUUUUUAUUCAGCAAUAAAAACUGUACAUUAAUGUAUAUCUGAAUCGACUAUUUGUGACAAAAUGUGAUAUUGUAAGCAAUUAGUAAAAUUGGGACAGAUAUACAUAUAAAUAAAAUCAUAUAUUUGUAAGAGAAAGAGAAAUACAUAUAAUAUUAACAUCAAGUGUUGAUUUUUAUUCAUUCUUAUUUCACUUCGGCACUUCUGUUAAUGCUUUUCUAUGUACUACCUUUCUCUGAUAUGGGAGUUCAUACGACGCGCGCUUGUUCAAGAAUAUCGAUACGCCUUCGAGAAAUCCAAUCGCUGCGAUAUUCAGUCAGCUGGACGAAUUGCGGCGCGAGUCACGUUCGAAAAGCCGUCCUGCAUUUCUCACAAUUUUGGCUCGCCGAAGGCGAGUCUCGCAGACAUAUCGCAUACACGGCAGUGUCGAAAAUGAGCUCGCGCGUUUAUCAUGAUGAAAUAUUGACGAAUAGUUGCCAAAAAUAUACGAAACGAGUGUGUCGGGAGUGUCGUGCGAAAGUUGGAUCUUCAUUGCAUUAUGGCGGCUCAAAGUUUAACGGUCGCGAGGAUUCGUCUUAGCGAAGAAGUGUCGGUCGCGAGUCAGUCAUGAUUCGGGAGUGUCGGAAGUGAGUCUCACGGGUUUAUUACGACGAAACAUCGCAUAAAUAAAAGUGAGCUUGUGAAAUGGUUGCUCAGAAGUGCCGGAUAAGAUAUUGCACGUAUGUUGUAUCGUGACUGACCAUUAGGAUGUGACAUCAUCUGUGGAGUGUCGCUACGUUUUGCCGUUUUCAAAAUGUGUAUCAACAUCGGGAAUGUCGAAAAAGAGUUUCGCGCGCUAGUUUCACCGCGCCUAAAGUCCACCGAAAUUGUCUCAUGGAACGGCCGAUGAAGAACGUCGGGCGAAGCAUCGCACGACCGUUACAAAAUGGCUACUCGAAUUUGAAAUCUCGAGUCUGCCAUGUUCGUGCCGUCAGGUCGUUGGAAUUCCACUCACGAAUUAUCGAUAAUUCUGUAGGUGGAGUGUCAUCGGUCGCAGCCGUCGGUCCUGCUGAUCGUCGUCCUCGACACCGACGACGAGUGCCGGCGAGACGGCUUCCGGCAGGCACGGAGGACGAGGAUUCUCGGGCAACGAGCGGGAGGUCGACACUCGGCGAGUUCGGACAGGAAACAGCGGACGAGGAGGAGGAGGAGCUGGCGACGGUGAGGAGGCACGACUCGGGCACUACCGAGGAAAACGCGUCCGACCGCGGGAAAGGGCGAGAGGACCAUCGCUCGCUGAUCUCGUCGUUGUCGGGCGAAUAAAGCGCGUGUAGAUCGCAGCGGAAGCGGCGACACGCAAACGAGGUGGAGAAGGAGGAGGAACAACGGUGCGAGCAAGAAGGGGCAGCGGAAGAGGAAGAGGAAAAAACGAGAGAUUCGGCGAUUCUGCCACUACCGCGGCCAGUGUCUACGCGUGUGUGCGUGCGGUGCCGCGUGACAGUGAACGUGGACGCGUGUGACAGUGCGCGGUGCAGUGUGCUCGACGGAGGAAGAAGAGCAGGAGGAACAGGAGAAGGAACCGGAACACGGCGACGAGGCGGCGAACAAGGGGUGCAAGAGGAGACGGAGGAGGAGAGUAAUAACAAAGCAAAAACGC